CGUGAUAACUGUCCCAAAUUUUCGGUUCAACCUAUUCACCACAGGCUAUAACGUUUGGAGGAGCUGAAUGAAACUCUGAGACGAAAAGAAAAAGGCUUGACAUCUUAAGUUUCUCUUGUCAAGACAGAGAGAGCAGCAGAAGAGUAAAGAGGAAAAUCAAUUUGGCAUUAUAAGUGGAAACACUGCAUUCAGAAUCAAAGUUGCAGGUUCUUUUAAAGGGUGUCAGCUUCAAGGACUGUCACUCAACCACGCACCAGAGAGAAUAUUAGUGGGAUACACUCAAAAGAACGACAGAACGCACGAUGGAUCGCAGAAUCCCCGAUUUUGCUGGCACUUGGAAAAUGAAAAGCUCCGAGAACUUCGAAGAGCUUCUCAAAGCACUGGGUGUGAACGUGAUGCUGCGUAAGAUUGCGGUCGCAGCCGCGUCGAAGCCAUCUGUGGAGAUUACGCAGAACGGAGAAACCCUGUCAAUCAAGACCUCCACCUCUGUAAGGACCACCCAUGUCACCUUCACAGUUGGACAAGAGUUUAACGAGGCCACUGUGGAUGGACGUCCCUGCACGAGCCUUCCUCGUUGGGAAACAGACAGCAAGAUUAGUUGCGAACAGACUUUGCAGAAAGGUGAGGGUCCAAAAACCUCAUGGACCAGGGAGAUAACCAAUGACGGUGAACUGAUUCUGACCAUGACCGCAGACGAAGUGGUGUGCACAAGAGUUUAUGUCAGAGAGUGAAAGUAUGAGGAAAAAGGAAGACUAUCCGUCGAGAUCACUCUCUUUCCUCGUUAACCACAAUGACUGUGAUUUUAUAUCAUCUGUUUCCUUUCUCCCUCAUCUUUUCUUUCAUGCUGUUUUGUUCACAAUGUAUUUGAAUAAUACUUCAGAGAGCCAUGCAAAUAAUUCAUGUGAGGUUCCAGACAUUUUAAAUUGGGCCCUGAUUUGUCGUUUAAAAAAUACAUCAUUUUGGGCUCAAAAGCACUUUUAAGGGUUGGUCUUUACAGAUGAAGACCUGGAAAUCUGAAGCUUGGAAACCAGACUUUGGUGAGACAGUCCAUCAGAAUAUCAGUAAAGGUGCGGUCAAAUUAAUAUUGUAAAUUUUCCCAGGUGAAAUUCAGUCAUUUCAAUAAUGAUCUGUAUUAAUGGGAAUUUCCAAACUCAGAUUUUGGGAAAAAAUCAAGCUGGAUUGACUAUGUGUGAGCUGUGCUUCAUGCAUCAUUUCUCUAAUGACAACAGACAAUUGACCUUUUUUGCCAGCAAAAUUUCGCUAAUGCGACCGCACCUUAAGAAUGUAAGCCAAUGUACGAUAUGCUGUCGGAACAUGUUAUAUCUGUAGUUUAGUCCAUUAUUUUUUUGUUAAAUCUCCUCAGUUGACCCUUCGCUAAGCUCCGCCAUGAAUUGUAACUGACCAAUCUUACUUUAGUAACUAUUGCUGUUUCCAUCAUCCAGUGUACCUCUACGGAGAAACUGUGUUUGGAUAGAUUUUGAAUUUUGGAUAGAUUUUGAUUUUGAAAACUUACAGUUGUUCUACAGUCAAUUUUACUGUAUUCAGCUGAUUGUGAGAAGUGUGUGCCUUGAUUUUGAUUUGCUGUUACUACAGUUUAUAAAUCUUACAGCAUAAUUUGAAACUUUUGUUAAAGAUAAGAUAUUUCACCCAAAAUGAAAAUUACCCUAUGAUUUAUUCACCCUCAAGCCAUUCAAGGAAUGUGUGACUUUCUUCUUUCAGUAGAAUAUAAUCAGUUUUAUUAAAAAAAUGUCCAGGGUCUUCCAAGCUUAUAAUGGCAGUACAUGGGUAUUGAGAUUUUGAAGUUCAAUAAAGUGCACAAUUAUUUAUGUAAGAAAAAUACCCAUAUUUAAAACUUCUUAAACUGUAAUCUCUAUCUUAUGCUAGGACAUAGGGGUAGCAUAACCUCUCAAGAACCAAGUUUUAUUUAUAGCAAAGGAAAACAAGUCUCCUCUUGACUUAUAUAGAAAUUCUCCAACAUUUUUCUUUACAAAUCUUCGUUUUGUACUUUUAAUUUGUGACUGGCGUUUUGUUUUGCUCUCUCCUCUGCUACGUCCUACGUCAUUCGCUGGAACGGCGUUCUCUCGUGAACGUGUGCUUGACAGUUAGCGGAAGCUAGAGAUUAUGGUCUAUAAAGUUCUUACAUAAACACACAGAUUCACUUCAGGAGGCUUUUAUUACCCCCUGAGUCGUGUCGAGUACUUCUUAUGAUGGAUUUAUGCACUUUAUUGGACUUUAAAAUCUCAACACCCAUUCACCGCCAUUAUAAGCCUUGGAAGAGCCAGGACAUUUCUUAAUAUAACUCCAAUUGUAUUCAUCUGAAAGAAGAAAGUCAUAUACACCUAGGACGGCUUGAGGGUGAGUAAAUUAUGGGGUAAUUUUAAUUUUUGGGUGAACUAUCCCUUUAAGAAAAAGGCAGAUUCAAUGUUUCAAUUCAUUCCACCCCGAAAAGACAAAAUCCAAUCAAGAUUUUAACACUUUAUGAGCACAUUUUACUCAAAAAUACAUUGUUUAUUGAAAUAUCCAAUUCAUUCCUAAGUGACGUUCUGUGCUGUCUGAUGUAGGAAUGGUACAAAGGGCGGAGCUAAGCGAAGGGUCAUUUGUAAUUAGAACCCCAUGAAACUCCAAUCCCAACCUUCUCUUUUCUUCUUUAAUUUUUUGUAUAUAUUUUAAUAAAACCUGAAUCUUCAUCCAAAAUCUCUUUAUAUUUUUCAUUUUUAUACAAACAGUUUCAGCAGUCAUUACUUAUUUCUCUGCAUGCACAAUAAAGGUUACUGCCAAGA